AUGUCGAACACUGAAGUUACUGGAAACGCCGAGAUAUACAAUCCACGCAAGGUACUGGACCAUCCCGACUUCAGGGUGUUGAAGCUCGGCGAAAAACCAUCCCCUGACGCCAACAUCGCUGCAUUCUACAACCCUGCACAUGAAAUCCAUCUUGUCGAGAAACCUCGUCCUAAGCCUGGGCCGGGACAAGUUCUUCUCCACGUUCGUGCUACCGGAAUUUGCGGGAGUGAUGUUCAUUUUUGGCAACACGGAAGGAUUGGUGACUCAAUGGUCGUUACGGACGAAUGUGGUUCUGGUCAUGAAUCUGCAGGUGAAGUAGUUGAAGUUGGAGAGGGUGUAACCCAGUGGAAAGCCGGCGACCGAGUUGCAAUUGAAGCUGGAGUGCCCUGUUCUCAACCUGCCUGCGAAGCCUGCAGGACAGGUCGGUACAAUGCAUGCCCUGACGUAGUAUUUUUCUCGACCCCGCCAUUCCACGGCACCCUAACUCGCUGGCAUGUUCAUCCCGCUCAGUGGAUUCAUCGUUUGCCCGAUUCCGUAUCUUUUGAAGAGGGUUCCCUAUGUGAGCCAUUAGCUGUCGCUUUGGCGGGUAUCGAACGCUCCGGUCUUCGCCUUGGAGAUCCUCUUCUCAUCUGUGGGGCCGGUCCUAUUGGUCUAAUAUCACUUUUAUCUGCAAGAGCUGCUGGCGCAGAACCCAUUGUAAUCACCGACUUGUUUCAAAGUCGUCUCGAUUUUGCAAAGAAGUUAGUUCCGGGCGUCAGAACUGUGCUUAUCUCGCGUAAUACCACCUCAAAAGAACAAGCUGCACAAAUCAAGGAAGCAGCUGGAUGCCCUUUAGCUGUUGCGUUAGAGUGUACAGGAGUGGAGAGCAGUGUGCACACUGCAGUUCAUUCCAUGAAAUUUGGCGGUAAAGUGUUCAUUAUUGGUGUGGGUAAGAAUGAACAAGUGUUCCCUUUCAUGCAUCUGAGUGCAAAUGAGAUCGAUGUCAGUUUCCAGUACCGAUAUGCGAACCAGUAUCCCAAGGCAAUCCGUCUAGUGGCUGGUGGAUUAAUCAACAUAAAACCACUUGUUACUCACAGAUUCCCUCUUGAAGAAGCAGUGGCUGCAUUCCACGUUGCGGCGGAUCCAUCUCAAGGUGCAAUCAAAGUUCAGAUUCAAGACUAG